CUGGAUUUAAAAAAAAAAAAAAAAAAGUCUCCUAGCUGAACAGUCUUUCUGUUUAUUAUUUGUCAUUGAUGAGCUACAGAUAAGCUUCAACUUUGCUGUCAACUGAGCUAAUUUGUUCAGAGCAACAGCUACAGAAAACUAGAAUCCUCCAUCAGAGAAUUGUCCAACGGGUGCUAUGUCAAACUUUGUAGCUCCACAAGUCAAAAAAUUUGUGGCUUGGGACUAUGUUGUUUUUGCAGCACUAUUUUUAGUAAGUGCUAGCAUUGGAGUCUUUUUUGCUGUUAAAGAGAGGAAAAAGAAAACCUCAAAGGAAUUUUUGGUGGGUGGUAAGCAGAUGACAUGUGGACCAAUCGCUUUUUCUCUCACAUCAAGUUUCAUGUCAGCAGUAACCGUUCUGGGGACACCCUCCGAAGUUUAUCGCUAUGGGGCAUCCUUCGUGCUAUUCUUUCUUUCGUAUGCGCUUGUCAUCAUUUUUACUGCUGAACUUUUUCUACCUGUAUUUUACAGAUCUGGCAUUACAAGCACUUAUGAGUAUUUGGAGUUAAGAUUUAACAAGAUUGUCCGUCUUGCUGCAACAUUGAUCUACAUCCUGCAGACGAUCCUUUACACGGGAAUAGUGGUUUAUGCUCCAUCACUGGCACUCAACCAAGUCACUGGAUUUGAUCUCUGGGGCUCUGUAGUUGCAACAGGAAUUGUCUGCACUUUCUAUUGCACUCUGGGAGGAUUAAAAGCUGUUGUCUGGACAGAUGCAUUUCAAAUGAUCGUCAUGGUGGUUGGCUUCGUGACGGUUUUGAUUCGAGGAACUACUCUGAACGGUGGAUCGACCAAGGUCUGGGAAGUUGCCUAUGAAGGAUCACGACUAAACAUAUUUGACUUUGAUGUCGAUCCUUUGAGACGACAUACCUUUUGGACAAUUGUUAUCGGGGGAACAUUUACAUGGCUAGGGCUCUAUGGAGUUAAUCAGUCCACAAUACAGAGAUGCAUUUCUUGCAAAUCGGAAAAACAUGCUAAACUGGCACUUUACCUGAAUUUAUUGGGACUUUGGACAGUUCUGGUGUGUGCGGUAUUUUGUGGUUUGGUGAUGUACUCUCAUUACAAGAGUUGUGAUCCUUGGACUGCUGAUUUCAUUUCAGCACCUGAUCAGCUCAUGCCGUAUUUUGUUAUGGACAUUUUUUCUUCGAUGCCAGGAGUCCCGGGACUGUUUGUUGCCUGUGCAUUCAGUGGAACGCUAAGCACGGUAGCUGCCAGCAUCAACGCUUUAGCGACUGUUACCUUUGAAGACCUGGUCAAGAAAUGUUUCCCAAACCUCUCCGAGAAGAUAAGCACGUGGAUCAGCAAAGGCUUAUGUAUAUUAUAUGGCGUCCUGUGCACUUCGAUGGCUGCAGCAGCAUCGCUGCUGGGAGGAGUUGUGCAGGCUUCCCUCUCCAUCCAUGGGAUGUGUGGGGGGCCCAUGCUGGGAUUAUUUACCCUGGGAAUUGUGUUCCCUUGUGCUAACUGGAAGGGUGCAAUCGGAGGCCUCUUAACUGGGAUCACCUUAGCUUUUUGGGCUGGUACCGGCUCUUUCAUUUACCCCGCACCACCGACAAAGUCCAUUCCCCUGCAACUGUCGACUCUCAACUGCACGCUGGCUAACGGCACCGAGGCGCUGACGACGGCGGCGACGACGGCGGCUCCCGACAGGCCUUUGCUGGCAGAUACCUGGUACUCCCUGUCCUACCUGUACUUCAGUGCCAUCGGCUGCCUAGUCUGUGCCAUCGCAGGGCUGUUGAUAAGCUUUAUAACAGGCCCUAGUAAAGGAGAAGAUAUCCCGCCAGUGUUAAUCAAGCCAGUCUGCAACCUGUUUUGCUUCUGGUCCGAAAGGCUCAAAGUUUUCCUCUGGUGUGGCGUGCGGCACGACAGCCCGGAGGUGGACUUUGAAAAAAAUCUGCAUAAAGUUAUUGCAGACGAAACUGGAACAGAUGACACCUUCAAGAAUAACAUCAACAAAGAAAACAAACGCCAGUUCCCUGAUUACAAUCCUGAGGAAAAUCCCUUUACUAAUAUGAGCAGAGAAACUCGUCUCUAGAAGCUGAGGGACAAGGGACAUUUAAUCAAACUUUAUUUCUCCAGCUUCAGAAACGAAGAGCUCUCUUUAUCGCAUUUACCAGCUUGUAGAUGACCAAGAGGGAACGAUUGCUCUCUAUAGCAAUAAAGGCCAGAUUUUUAUUUAUGAAUUUCAUGACAGACCUGGGAAAUCAUCGGAGAAGGGGGUUUUGGAAGCACUGCUUUUUCAGAAGAAAUGUUUCAUGAAUCUUGUCGUGGAAGCUCCUGCUCGGAAUUAGCCACAACACGUCUCUAUCACAUACUCUGCUCAGUAACUAGACAUUGAAGGGAAACGUGCAAAGGUGAACUUGAGAUAAAGCAAGAUUUCGGAGAAGUUUCUGAGGUCUCUCACUAAGUUGAGACUGUGAACUGCCCUCUGAUAGAGGAAUCCCCAGGGAGAGCGGGGAGGUCAGGCUGAGCUAGUCUCUGCCCAUUCUUAGGUAUCGCAAAAAGCCUCCUCACAGGAAUGUUGUAUAGACCGGACUGGUCUUUGAGUGACUGAGUUAAUUGUGUUUGCUUUCUCUGCAGAACUAAGAUUUCUUUAUAAUGUCUUAUUGUAAAAGCUAUAGGAGAGAGUAACAAAUUUUACUUUGAAUUCAGGAUAGUUCUUUAUCCGUGUUAGUCUUGGAAAGACAUCCUUUCAGCUCAAAAAGAUCCGCCUACUACCUUUAUGCAAUAAAGAAAAAAACCCAACAUUUGAUGAUGAUGCCUCCUAAUUGAUAAUCCACGCUGAAUUUUGGAAAAAGGCACGUGACUAGGCAAAAUAAUCCGUCCGGUAAAAUGUCUUGGAAGAAGGUACGUAGUCCACUAAGUGCUCUGUUUCAGCGAAACACAUUUCAUCUAAAAUUUGCCUGAUGUAAAUCAAACUCAAUAGACCACGUCUCACCUUGAUAAUCUUCUGGAUGUAGUUUUUUGGGUGAAUGUAUUUGUUUUUAAACCAAACUCACAACUGAAUGAAACCAACUGAAUGAAAAUAUCAAAGAUGACUCAGCUGUGGGUUAUGGACCCAACUGAUAUUUAGCUCAUAUUGCUCUGAAGCACCCAGCUGUUGCUUUUGCUUUAUCAGGACCAUCUUUGUGAUGUGGAUUUAGGUCAACCUGGUUCUUGAGGUUACUUCCCCUGUCUGUGUUCAUGCCUUACCUCUGGGAACGGUCCCAGGAUAUUCAAUCAGAGAACAGAAAUAGCCGUCUGUAAAUGACACUGCCUUGCUCGCACAGGACAGUUUGUCAACA